AUGCACCGGAGCCAUGAGGGCGGGCAGCCCCGGGGACCGGGCCGCCGCGCCCCGGCCGGAGCCGAGGCGGGCAAGGCGGUUUAUAUAGGGUGCCCCGCGCUCGCCCGGCGCAUGGAGCCGCAGCCUCCCUCUCCCGCUCUCUCCUGCAAGGUGAUGCCGCCGGAGCCGCUGCCCAAGGGGAGCGUCCGCUGCCUCGACCCGCACGCCCGAGCCAUGUCGCAGCCCGACGGAGAGCCGCUUCCAGGUGCUCUGGAGAAGGAGGACGCUCGCUCGGCGCCCAGCACACCCUCCACACCAUCUGUCUGCUCCCCGCCAUCCUCCUCAUCCUCUACGCCGUCGGCCGGCAAGAACGUCUGCUCCAGCUGCGGACUGGAGAUCCUCGACCGGUACCUGCUCAAGGUGAACAACCUCAUCUGGCACGUCCGCUGUCUGGAGUGCUCCGUGUGCCGCACCUCGCUGCGGCAGCAGCACAGCUGCUACAUCAAGAACAAGGAGAUCUUCUGCAAGAUGGACUAUUUCAGCCGGUUUGGUACAAAGUGUGCCCGCUGUGGCAGGCAGAUCUACGCCAGCGACUGGGUGCGGCGAGCGCGGGGCAAUGCCUACCACCUUGCCUGCUUCGCCUGCUUCUCCUGCAAGCGGCAGCUCUCCACCGGUGAGGAGUUCGGCUUGGUGGAGGAGAAGGUGCUGUGCCGGAUUCACUACGACACCAUGAUAGAAAACCUCAAGAGAGCAGCAGAAAACGGCAACGGGAUCACGCUGGAGGGGGCUGUGCCCUCAGAGCAGGACAGCCAGCCAAAGCCAGCCAAGAGGGCCCGCACCUCCUUCACCGCCGAGCAGCUGCAGGUCAUGCAGGCACAGUUUGCUCAGGACAACAACCCCGACGCACAAACGCUUCAGAAGCUGGCAGACAUGACAGGGCUCAGUCGGAGAGUCAUUCAGGUUUGGUUUCAAAACUGCAGAGCCCGCCAUAAAAAACACACCCCCCAGCACACGGUGCCACCCUCGGGAGCACCCCCGUCCCGCAUCCCCUCCUCGCUCUCUGACGACAUUCACUACUCGCCCUUCAGCAGCCCGGAGCGGGCCCGCAUGGUGACGCUGCACGGAUACAUAGAAAGUCAGGUACAGUGUGGACAAGUGCACUGUAGACUUCCCUACACUGCUCCACCAGUACACCUCAAAGCAGACAUGGAAGGACCACUGUCUAAUAGGGGUGAGAAGGUCAUCCUCUUUCAGUACUGACUGCGCGAACUCUUCCUCAUCUGCCCAUGGCGCUACCAGCACCACUGCCCCUCAGCCGCUGAAACGCAGCCUCCAGCCCAAGGCAACGGUGGUCAGUCAUGCAGGAGAAACUCAGAUCCAGCCCUCUCAGUUAUUGCCAUUGACCAGCACCUAACAGCCACUCUUAUUUCUCCAGCGACACUCUGUGUAUGUGUGUGUUGAGUGCAGAGUUACAUUUUUCACUUGUUUCUUGUGGACUUGUAGAAUGACCGUGAGUCUCUCCAAGGCAAUGCCAGACACAGUCAAAAGUAGUGACUCUACUGUGCUUGCAAAUCUUGCUCCCAUCCCAUGGGAAUAUGAAUGAACCAGAACACGAGUCUCAGGGGGAUCGAUGGUCACCUCUGAACAUAAAGGAAGGAGGAAUUGACAUGGUUUGGCCUGAUUCUCUUUUUGCACCAGUGAAGCGCUGUCGGUUCCUGGACAUCCCUCCUUAUUUCCACUUGCAUGUGUGAAAUCUGAAGUGGGCUUUUUGGCUCAGCAACUCGAUAUACACACAGACCUUCCUGAGCCAAACUCGUGGGUAGCUGAGACUCCACUAAGUGGAAAACAUGAUGCCAGCUGGAAAUAGGCAGUUUCUCUUCCUUCUCAAAGUGCUUUAGAAUCACAUGUCCUUUGAUCACUCUAAGGUAAGUAAAUCUUAGUGUUUUCCCCCCCAUUUUAUAGAAGGGGAAACCAAGAUGUCCUAAACUGGGAGAACUGUGGGGGAUUGGUGGCAGAGCCAGCUUUAGCACCCUGAAGUUUCUGAUUGUUGACUUGUUCUUAGAACACUGAAUAUCUCUCUCCUCACGCAGCCAUCUGCCAAAUGAUUUUAUUUGAUUGUUUUGUUGGUUUUUUUAAACUCUUGCUCUUUAUUAACAAGUUAUUUCCUUGGAGUCAUAUUGGAUCACAAAUGUGUGAUUUUAGAAUGUACCUACACAAAACUCUCAGACACUCCAUACUCUGAGACUGGGAAAUCCAAAGUGGAAGCUGGCUGUAAAGGUGCUAGAAAUGUUCUGCCCUGGUGUGGACCCAGGUUCAGUCAGUGGAAAAAGUGGGGUGGAAACUGGAGACCAGUUAAAAAGGUGAAAGCCACAGUAAGAGCAGCAGAAACAGGUGCUAGGUGAGUAGACAGGAAGGUGAUGGGGUAUUCCUUCAUCUGACAGCAUCGCUCUGAUUCCCUCUGUCCUCCUGUUGCUCUCCCUUGCUGGACUAUGGCUGUUGCUCCUGCCAGUUCACCAUUCUCGGGGGAUUGCUGCUGGAGGGGCAGGUACUGCAGGGCUCAAUGCAAUAGGAAAGGAACUGCUCAGUAGUCUGGCCCCAAGUCAGGAAGAAAUCUCUGAAAUGACCCUUCACUGACAGUAAUAACAAAAAGUAAACAAGUAACCUCUGCCAGCCCUUCUCAGCUUACACCAAGCCAGGAGCAGGCUCUCUCCACACAAGCACACAGGUCUGUCUUGCUGCUGAGUGCCUGUGAGGCUGCAUUUCCAAGAAUGUGAAAGCCUUCCAUGAGCCACAGUUAGUGUAGAGUAUAUGACUGGCCUGUGCCUGAGGAACAGAAGAGGGGAAUCCAUCUGUUAUAUAACUUGUUUUUAAUUUGAACUCUAGAUACAUGUGUUUUUCUCUCUGGGAGAUCCUGGACCAAUCUCCAGCACCAGCUGGGUAGGCAGCCAGCUCAGUGGUUUGGCCAACCCGUUUUGUGCACACAGCAAGCACACAGCAAGCGUCCUCCUGCCAGUGCCCCUGAGCUGCAGGUGACACUGGCAGCUCUGCUCACUGCUCUGCCUGCAUGGGGAUGGCAUAAGGAGAUGCAGAUGUCUGCUGUGCUGGCCACUAAGACCUUUCAGUUGGAGAAGUAGCUGAGUACAAGCAUGUGCUGAUAUUUGCUGGAACAAAUACACACAUACACACACAUGCACACCUCUCUCUGUGUGUGUAUGCAUUAGAAAAUACAGAGAGAGGAAGAGUGUGAUGGGAACCCCUUGGACAGUUAGGCCAGUAUUCUGUCUAACUGCAGCUAGCAGCUCUACCCACAGUUUAAAAUAACCGGUGCAAAGAGAGAGGAAAUUGUGUCCACAAAGUGCUGUUGUCACCUCCUGAUGCACAAAUAACCAUUUCCAGUGCGUGGCCAGCGGCAAGGCACUCCCACAUGCCUGACCUGACUGGAACCACUGCUGCAGAGGCAUCCCCUCAGGGAGGGGACAGUCACCGGUUGCACCUACUGCAAUCACUUUGUCCUUGUGGUAGGGAGUGAAGGAGGAGCAUUCCCUUUGUUGGCUGUUGGUGGUUGGUGGAGCAUUUGUAAUCAUGAGGUUGAGGUGGGUUGCUGUGUCCACAUGCAACAUGGUGGUGGUCAGCAGGGGCCAUUGGGGCCCAACUUUCUUCUUCAUUUGUGCUUGCACAUCCUGAUGAUUGUUUAGUUGUGGAAUUAGUGCCACAAAGGAAUGGGUAGUUAAUUCAUUUAAGACUGAAGGAGAGACUUCAGGCUUGUAACUGGACAUCCCACAGUACUUGAGAUUUCCACAGCUGUUUUGUUGGUGUGAUGCAUUCCUCCUCUGUCUUGGCAGUGCAAUGAAAGGGAAACUCUUAAAUGUGUAUCUGCUAAAUACCAGCUCAGUUAUUGAUCAAAGCCCCCUACUUGUGAACUGUACUGUACUGUACAUCAGUGUUUUUGUAACCAAUGCCACUGACAGGACUGACAUGCAAAGCCAAGGGCAAGGGCACGUGGGUGCUUCUCUCCAGUGGAAGGGAACUCACCACUAGCCAUGGGGUGAGCUGCCCCUCAUGGACUGGGCUUGGGGCGCUUGCCCCCGCGAGUAGCCAGGAGCAGCUUUGCUAAUUCAGAAAUCAGGCUCUGUUUAUAUUAAGCCCAAACUGUUUGCAAAAACUGGAAGCAAUUCAGCUUGUGCAGUUUUAGAGCUAAUUAUGUGUAUGGAAAAUACUCAACUGUACCAAGAAUGUAAGAAAUUCUCUAAUUUAUUCAAUACAUUGUUUCACAACAUAUUUCACACUGACUGUUGCCACUGAACCAAACCUUAUCUCAGGUCAUUUGCAUUCAUCUCCUGUCUGUAGAUUAAAAAAAAAAAUAAAAUGAAAAUCAUUCUCA